AUGUCUGCAGACUCACAAACCCGGAUGUCGCUGCCAGAAAAGUCCUUGCUCUCAGAUCCUCUCGCAAAGGAUAGCUCUAGUUUGUCGUUCCAAUAUCCGCGUAUCUAUCCAACACCAGUAGUGGACCGUCCAAUCUUUUCCAGUGCAGACAAUCUCAACGUCCCCAGCGAAUAUACCUCUCGUGAUCCUCCAUCUCGGAACUCUCCUGAACCGCAGCAUGGCCAAAGGGACCAAGAAGGCCACUACGUCGGCUCCUCUAGUGCUGUGGCCUUUCUUAUCCGUAUCCAAAAACGUCUACACCAAAACUCAUCCUUGUCACACAACUCCAGCAUCUUCACCUUUGGCGACGCCCCAUUACCAGAGUUUGACCCGUCUUUCUUCGUCUUGCCGCCCAAACCGGAUGCGCAGAGGCUUGUCGAACGGUAUUUUGACUAUGCGGCACCGACACAUCGGUUCCUGCAUCGGCCGAGCAUUGAGAAGUUGGUCGAUGAGUUCUAUGAAACGCAGGGCGAGGUGCGGGGCGAAAAUGGGAAAGCAAAAGCAGCGCUGUUGAUGGUGGUUUUUGCGCAGGCACAGGCGUACAUGCCUCCUGGAAGUAUGGUCCAAGACAACAGAGACAGUGCCCGCUACUUCUUCGCAGCCGAGAAUCAACUUUCAAAAGAACGUGGUGCUGUACGCUUAGCUAGCGUACAAGCUAGAUUAUUACAAUGCUUCUACCUCCUGACCCAAUCACGCAUCAACCACUGUUGGAGUCUUUUCGGCACGCUGUCUCAUCUUGCGCUUGCAAUUGGCUUGAACCGCGGAAGGAAAUGCGAUCCCUCCAGCACAGUCGACUACGUCGAGCUGGAGAGUCGACGACGCUUGUUCUGGUGCGCGUAUUCCCUCGACAAAUACCUUGCGGCCGCUCUCGGCAGGCCACGGACUUUUAAAGAUGAGGAUAUUGAUCAGGAACUCCCAACUGUCGUAAACGAUGACGACCUACACCCCUCCUAUAUGACACCAACGCCGUCAAAAUCACAUUCCGUCAUGAUGGCAGCAGUCGAGCACAUUAAACUCACACGUAUAAUGUCCCUCGUCCUCCGCGACCUUUACUCUAUCCGACCCCCAAGUCUUCCCCUCCGCAUCGAGCUCUCCGCAAAAUACACAUCUGAUCUCCGUGCCUGGCGGAAUUCGCUAUCGCGAUUUCUAAGUGACUCAGACGACGGGGGAGGCAUCGAUUCGCAUCUUCUAAUCCCAGUUUACCAACGGCAACGCGGUGUGUUGAACCUGGCGUACUAUCACGCCAUGCUGUUGAUUCAUCGCCCCUUCUUGCUUCGGGACUUUGCAAGCCUAACACACAUGCCCACGCACGGCUCUUGGGGGUCGAAAAAUGCAACUAUCGACACAAGUGCAAAUGUUAGCGCCUGCCUCGAGGCAGCAAUGUCCAUAGUCCGCGUGGUCGAUGACGUAUUCACGUCCUCCAAUCUCUUCCGCGCAUUCUGGUUCACGCAGUACUAUGCGUUCUGCGCAGUCGUUGUGCUGUACAUAUACCGAAUACAACAGCACCUUGUCACACCAGGAAAGUGCGAAGGGUAUUUCGAUGCGGGACAAAAGUGUCAAAGGCAAUUAGAGAGUGUGAGUGAGACGGAUUGUUUGGCGCGACGGUAUUGUCUCGUCCUCGAAGAGUUGCGGGUAGAGGCUCUACGGCAGAAGAGCCAAUUAUCAGAUUCUGCAACAUCCCCUUUGCCUCUUGCAGCAGACGCGCCAGCCGGAAGUUCCGGUAUCCAGGAUACACUUAUGCCAACGUCGGAACCGCACACUAGUAGUGCAAGCCCAUCUGGUCUUAACAACGCCUUUUACAACACCAACCAUAUACCGCCCACGCCAGAGAGCGCGGUGUUCAAUGCUAAUUACGUGGCUUCGGAUAGUUUUAUGUCAGACCUGACUAGCUGGGGCCAGUUUGAUAGCCUAGUUACCGCAGGCAUAGGAAUGUUCGAUGCAGGGUUUCAGGGAGACAUUGGAUAUGGGUUUGGGGUUGGACUGUAG